UUCCCUUUUCCAAGGGUCCUGCUUCCCCCACGACCGAACAAACCCACCUACCCACGCCCGCUAAUCCCCUGCCCUCACCGCCCACCCUCAACCUCGCCAAUCCUAGAAGAAUCAUGUCUGCUGCACGCGGCCGGGGCGACGCCGGCGGCGACGAGGAAGUCGGCACCGAGCUCAAGCUGGGCGAGUUCCAGGGCGUCACCACCCUCACCCUCUCCGAGGCUCGCCUGAUCAUCGACGCCAUUGUCGAGCAUCGCAAGAAGAACAAGAUCUCCGUCAACGAGACCGAGACCCUCACCAAGAUGCGCACCUACCUCGACGUCUUCUCCCGCUUCAAGGAGCGCGACGACUGUGACUCGAUCGACAACCUGCUGCGCACCCGCAACGACCUCGCCGGCUUCGAGCGCUCCCAGCUUGGCACCCUCUGCUGCGAGACCGCCGACGAGGCCAAGACCCUGAUCCCCAGCCUGCAGGACAAGAUAUCCGAUGAGGACUUGACUGCCUUGCUGAACGAAAUCAGUCGCCUGCGCCACUUUGCCGAGUAAAAGAACAUCCAAAUCGCAUGCCUCUGGGACUGCCAGAUGCCAGGUUAUUUGCGCUUCGCGAUCACGCUAACAAUCCAUGUAUAACUAGAGGAAAAGAUACCCCAAUGGGUGCCACUUGCAGCGAGAUGGCUCAUUAGGGCACGGCAAAAAUGCCAAGCUGAAAACAAAGAGCAGCUCGGCUGUGGGAAAAGACUGGAGUUCUGGCGAUAAAUUACACAGGGAAAGCGUCAAUUGGAUGAUGAGCAAAACGGAAACCCACGAACUUUCAAGACUUUAACGUUGGCUGAGUAGGAACCUUUAAGCAAAUGCACAUCAAAGUCAU